CGCACGCAAAGCAAAACUGUCAUAGAAAAAACUUCUUUGGGUUAAAUACGGUUCUUUUCGGUAGAUUCGAAGGAACGACAACAACAACAACGAGGACAACAACAACAAAUCAAAAUUAGAUUAUCUGUGUUUAAAGAGAGUUUAAGAAUGCUGUUAUGGAAGGGGGUCAUCUACCUAGUCAACCAAACCCACAGUUUGGUUAUGUGCAAAAUUCAGCAGGAGUGCAUUAUGGUACAGCUAAUAUGCGGUGGAGAAAGUAUUUUGGAAGCAAUUUAGACACAGGACAGAAUUUACCAUCAAUUGGACACAGCUUACACUCACCUGGUCAGACUUUAUCACCACUUGGACAGAAUUUAUCACAACCAAGACAGAAUUUACUUCCUCCAGGACAAGAUAUAGGACAAAAUGUAUUACCACCAGGACAGAGUUUAGGGCACAGUUUACAACAACCAGGCCAUAGUUUAGGACAUAGUUUGCAGCAACCAGGCCAUAGUUUAGGACACAGUUUACAAACACCAGGACAUAAUUUACCUCCUCCCCCACCUCUUGUUAGGCAUGGACACACAUCAUCAACAACGGCAUCACAAGAAGAGAAAUUCAAUGCUGCUAUAGAAAAUCAUUUCAGAAGAUCUCUUAAAUCAUACCCAACAACAAACAUACCCUCUAGAAAUGUCAAUACAGCACCACCAAGUAUGGGUGUCAACAGUAUGGGGAAUAACAUUGGUGCCAGUAUGGGAACCAGCAGUAUACCAAACCAAUCAAAUACAAGAUUUGGAUACCCUGGUCCCACAAGUGCUCAGCAAUAUGGACAGAAUUGGAGAGGAAGCAUACCUAGUGCCAUGAGGCAUCCAGUAGCCAUGGCAAGAGUUCAAGGAGAUCCCUUGAUUAGACAAGCACUUGGACACAAGAUACAGCAAGAUAAACAAAUCAAUUAUCCUGUCAAUCAAGGUCAAGGUCAUUUUCCUGGUCAAGCGUGUCCCCAAUAUAGAUAUCCUGGACUGGCCAAUCAAAUGAAUGCGCUGAGUAGUGUCCAAGGAGAGAGAAUUGAUCCUAUAUUUGCUAAUAACUCUUUUCGUAUGCCAAAUACUAUGACUCAAAAUAGACCUUCUGUGAGUCAAUCUAAUUUUGCCCCAAAUUUCACUUUUACUCAGAUGCAGAGGCCUCAGAAUUAUAGUUCAACUGCAAACCAGUAUUCCAUGAAUCCAAGUCUUCCUGUUCCUCCACCAGCUCACCAAAAUGUUCCGAAGAUGCUACCGACUGGUUACCCACGGCAACCAGGACCAAUGCACACCCAAAGUCAAGGUCAUAGCAGUAUUCCUAGACAAUCACAGACUAGCUCGUCUUAUCCCACAGUGUCACAGUCAUUAGGUAAUUACGGGAUGGGAUCUCUGCCAGGUCAUAUGACACAAGGUCAAGUACCAAUGGGAAUGGCCGUUGGUCAGGGCUAUCAAGGUCAAAACCCUUUUAAUAGAAAUCAGCAAACAAUAAGUCAAGAAGAUAUUUAUGCUCAACGACAAAAUUUAUUUCAAACACAGAAUCAGCAGCCAACUGGAUCAGUGAGUGGGAGUCAAGGUCUUGACAUUCCAGUCAGUUGGCAAAAUGCCAAAUUAGCAGGUGUUGUUCAGACAAUAGCCAAUUUAGCAAACCUGAGUGACAGCAGUGAUUCUGAGGCCAAGCGUAAACUUAUGAAAAUAAAAGAAAAAUGCCAAAGAAGUGGACUGCUUGGCCCGAAUGAGUCAUUUCCAGCUUUUCUGGCAAAAUAUGCUAUUAGAGAGAGAAAUAGGAUUUUAGGAGAACAACAAUCACAGCCCUUAGUUAAUAGCCCUUCUUUGACUGCUCAGACUUCAGCCACAGCAAUAGCUAGAUCUCUCACAGAGCCAAUGAGAGGUGUUGAUAAUGCCUCCGCCAUCCAUUCAGCCUUUGCUAUCCCGCAGUCCAAUGAUUUAAAUGAUAGGGCGGCACUAGGACGCUGGUAUGCUGCACCAUCAGCUGAAAUGGGUAUGUCCACACAGAUUCCAAUAACAGCAGGAUCUAGUACUCUAGAGAAAAAUAUAGAACAAACUGUAGCCAUGGCAACAGUCACUACACCUGCAGAUUUCCCUACAAAUACAAGUACUUCUGCAAGUCAAGCCACAGAGCCAUUUGUUUUAAGACCGACAGUCUGCACAGAAGAAGUGAUAGAAUACAAGGUAGCUGAUUUGUUACGGUGUCUUCCAAAGUCAGUGAGGGCACAAAUAGCAAAAAAUAUGGAAGCAGAAAAAGGCAAUGAACAAACAACAGUUGAACCUAAUAAGGACACAAACCAUGAAUGUUCUGGUGAAACUGGUAUCUCUGACAGAAAUGGACAGCAAGAAAUACCAGUGUUACCUAUGUAUACCACUGAACCAUCUGUUGAAGAAUCAGAAAAUGUAGAGAUGAGAAAAAGUGAUUUAAGGGAAGGAACUGAAAGUUCUGAUGAACAGUUAAGUAAAACAGAUUCAUUUUUUGAUAUAAAUAAAAGAGUUUCAGAUGAACUGGUGCUUGAUUAUCAAUUUGGGACUCAGGAUAUGGAUCCUGAUAUAGACUUCCGAAAUUAUCUGCCUGAACUCCAUCUUCCUACAGACAUCUCUGCUACACCAUCACCUAUGUUACCAGAAAUGGAAAUUCCAUCCCAUAAGGAACAGAGUCUCACUGACAAUGAAUUAAAUGUUAUUUCAAAUGAUGCAACCAAAGAGUUGCCAAUCCAUUUUCAAAAUGAAUUAGAAGAUAAUUCUAGUGAAGUCAUAGGGGAGAAAGACAGUAAUAUGGAAACAGAGGAAUUACCUGAGCCAACUGUUGAAAUAGACAGGGAUGAGGUACCUGUUCUGCUGACUAAAAAAAGGAAGCACAGCUCUAUCAGUGACAGUUAUUCAAGUAAACCUCCUGUAAAGCGAGCAAGAGGUCGGGGCAGAGGAGGUCACACUAGGGGAAGAGGAAAGAAUUGGGCUUCAAGCAUUACACCUAGAAAUAAGAAGAAACAGAACAAGCCUACAAGAGGCAUGAAAGCUGGUGGAACACACAGAGGUCGAGGCCGAGGUAAAAGAGUUCGAGCGAGGGCGAUCAUUGAAACAGAUGAAAGUUCUGCAACAAACACUGAGCAUGAAAGAUCUGAGUCACCCAGUAUAUCAGGGUUAGAUGGUCAAGUCAUACAAAAACCACAAGAUCUGAAAACAUUAAUGGAUAAUCUACCUCAUGAAGAGUUGGAAAAAACCACAGUCAGUUUAUCAACAUUAAAAAUGAUGCUAGCUUGGACUGAGGCUAAAGCUAAUGCUGGUUUUGAUGAAGAAGAUCAGGAAAGUGACAAUGAUAGUGUGAAUAGUGCUACUGGUGAUACAAAAAAUGUUGCUGAAGAUAUGGAUGUUAUGAGUGAAGUGAAUAAUAAAGAGCAUAAUCAGUAUGAGCCACCUGUUGAUGAUAUUAAUGAAAAACUUGAUAAAGAAAUCGGUGAAGAAUCAAAUAGUGAAGAGCCUGGUAGAACGGAGCCAACUAGAGAAAAACAAAAAGCUGAAACUGAACUAUCAGCAAAAGUGUUAGGCAAUGAAGAGAAAGAUACUUCAUCUCAUACAGAAAUCAAUAAAAAUAUUAAUUCAGAUGAAAUUAAGGAAAAAAUCUCAGAACAAAGUGAGGAAGCAGGUAGAGAGAUUAAACUUGCAACUGAUGAAAGUAUUAAAGAAAAUACAACUCUAACUCAAAAGGAAACAGACCCUUCUGAUAGUGACAAAUCUGAGAAUAAAAUAUCAGACACUGAAAGUAGAUCAUGUACUCAAGUUUACUCGGUUACAGAUACACAUAAAAUGACAUGGGUCCGUUAUCAUGGCAAAACUGUCACCCGGCUUAUAACACCGGAUGGUUACUUUUUUAUAAUGAAGGAAAUUUUAAGACGAUGUUUUCGAAUUCAAGAACCAAACAAAAGUCUGAAAUUCAGUAAAAUUGGAAUUCUAAAAAGAAAAGUUUUAAAGAUACCAGAUAUUGAGUUAGCACCCUUGUUUUAUGACUAUGUGGUAAAAAAUUUGGUGGAAAGAAAAGUGAUUAAAACUAUACCAGACAAGUUUAUUAUUAUUUCAGAAGUGGACGCUAACAGGUUAUUUCACUUUGUAUGCAAGGAUCAGUAUUGUGGAAAUUCUUGUGUUACACCAUUCUUUCAGAAUACAGCUUCCUCAAGUGAGAAGCAGUCAGAAACUUCUAAGGAAUCUCAAACAAAAAUGACCAGUAAAAAGGAUAGGAAUCUUUUUGAUUUUAUAGAAAGUGAAACAGUCUCACCAAAAUCUAGUGCUAGUAAGGCCUCAAUGAAAAAGAAAAGACUCUCAUCAAGUGAAUGUAUAAACUUGUGCUCUGAUGAUGAAAAGUCAAAUGGGUAUGACUCAGAUAGAACUUUACCAUAUGUUGAUGGAAAACCAUUAUCAUAUGAUGAAAUCAAAGGAACUAAAUCCCUUACUGAAAAGACAAAGACUAUUGUAUCUGAAUUAGUUGGUGGAUCUGACAAUUUGGAACAGUUAGGUAAAACUGAAUCAAAGAGUGAUAAAACUGCCUGUUCAGAAUCUCAGGAUAUUGGCUCUCAAAGUAAAACAUUAGAUACAGGUACCUCAGGACAAGAAAGAACAAAUGCUGAUACCGUUGUUGAUCUCCCAGAUGUAGACUUAAGGACUUCUGAAGAACACUUACAAGAAAGGAAUAAAGAAAACUUGAGUAAAACUGGUGGUGCAAUAGAUACAGAGAAAUCAACAGGGGAGAUGCAUGAAAAUGUUCAUGACACUUCUGCAGGUUCAAGUAACAAUGAAAGUCCUGGUGCUGCUGAUGAUGUAAUUGUUAUUGAUGAGGAGGACGAGGAGGCAAAUGUUUCCUUUAGUGGAUCAACUAAAGAUGAUAACAAUGUUUGUCAACUAACAUUAGAUAAAAUGAAAAAGGAACUUGGAAUAAGAGGUAACUUUGGCUCAAAUAAAAAGGAAAAGGACUCUGUAGAAUUAGUUCAAGUUCAUAACAUUGAUUCAACUGCAGUAUGUGGAGAUAACUAUGACAGGAGUAAACCUUUGACGAAUGAAAGAAGACAUUUGAAUAAACCAUCAAGGGCAGUAGAUGAUGAAAAGUAUAGUUCAGACAUGAAUGGAAUAAGUGCUGCUGACAGAGUUCUCAGAUCAGAGAGAUUUAUAGAUACAACUGUUGGUAUAGAUCUGACUAGAGAUGAUGAUGAUGAUAGCAAUGGGGAUGUUACUGUAGGUAAAUGGAUAUUUCCUGCACCACCAAAAUCAUAUCCAGAAGAUGGGACAAGGAAAUUAGAAGAGGCAAAUGAAACUUUGCAGAAAUUAAUAGAAAGGGCAAACAAAGCUCAAAAGAAAGAAGAGUUUGUUGAUGUUUUAGAUACUGUAUUCAAACUUACAGAACCUUUGAAGCAAUGGACAGAUAAACUGUUUGAUCAUUAUGAAGAAGGACUUUUGAUUGAAGCUCAGAGACUAAAGUCCCUGGAUGAACUACAGUUAACUGAUAUCCCUGAAACAAUAAACCUUGAUGAUGACGAUGGUGGGUGUACUUCUACUGAUGGUCUACAGACAUUUGAGUUAAAUUGUUUCAGAGAUAAAUAA